CCGAAUCUCGAGUGUUCUUCAUUUUCCAAAUCGUAAAUCCCUAUUCUUUCUUUAGCUUACUCGCAAUCAAACCCCGCCUGAAUAUCUUUUUCUCUUCCUGGGAUCUGAAAUGGAGUUUCAUGGAAUGCCCACUUUCCAGAAUUGAUUGGGAAUCCAGUGGUACUGCUAGAGGUUACCGAGUCAUCUGAAUCAAGAUCAAGUUUGAUUUGUGUUGAUAAUUUGAGGGGUGUUUCCGAAUUUUCAUUGGAUUUUAUUAAGGAUAGAGUGAAGGUUAGGGCGUCUUGUAACGGCUUGUUGUGUUGCUCUAGCAUCCCUGAUAAGGGUGUUUACUAUGUUUGUAAUCCCAUGACUAGAGAAUAUAAGUUGCUUCCCAAAAGCAGAGAAAGACCCAUUACCCGGUUUUAUCCGGAUGGUGAAGCUACUCUUGUUGGUUUGGCUUGCAAUUUGUUGACGCCAAAAUAUAAUGUUGUGUUAGCGGGAUAUCACCGGACAUUUGGCCAUAGGUCCAACGGGACUUUUAUAUGUUUGGUGUAUGAUUCCGAGUCAAAAAUAUGGAGGAAGUUAGUUUCAUCGCAAGAUGAUCAUUUUUCUCAUAUGAAUAGGAACCAAGUUGUGUUUAUUAAUGGCUCGCUGCAUUGGUUGACGGAAACUUGCUCUUCUGUACUUGUUGUUGAUUUGGAUUGUGAUAUUUUGAGGAAGAUUUCAUUGCCGGAUGAAGUUAGGUGUGGGAUUGGUAGCAGAGUUUAUUUGUUGGAGUUGGAUGGGUGCUUGUCCAUAAUCCAGAUUUCGGAAGCUUGGAUGAAUAUAUGGGUACUAAAAGACUAUGAGAGGGAAGAAUGGUGUAUGGUGGAUAGUGUGAGUCUCAGAUGUAUUCGAGGGAUGGUGCCAGGCAUUUUUCCAAUAAGUCAGACCAGUCAGUAUGUUUUCCUUGCGACCCAUAAGCAGGUAUUGGUGUAUCAGCGAAACAGCAAAGUCUGGAAGGAGAUGUAUUCUGUCAAGAACAGCUCUACGUUGCCAUUGUGGUUCUCAGCGCAUGCCUUCCGGAGCACAAUUUUUUCUUGUCACUAAGGUGGGGUUGGUUUUCAUAUUUGUUUUUGGUGAACUUCUGUACAUAGAGGUGUUAUUGCAAAUGAUUGCUACCCUUUGGCCUGAAUGUCAGUUAUGGUAGUUUUCUUUUAUGUAUGCUGUAUGGAAAUUGGCUCCAUACUUGUGGAUUUCAUUUGGAUCUUAUCACUAUAAAAUGCUAAAUUGGUA